AGUGGCUGUUUUUCGUCCGAACUCUGCAGAAUAUCUAAAAGCCCCACCCGCACCCAAAUAUAUACGAAUGGCUAUACGAACUGAUGAUGUCCUCAUCAUAAUAUGCGCUAUCCUUCUUCCCCCUGUUGCGGUCUUCUUAAUGAAGCGGCCCGUAUCAGAUAUACUAAUCAAUAUCCUACUCACGUUCCUCUUCUGGAUUGGGGGGAUUAUACACGCACUAUACUUAUGGAACGAGAGAAGGAAGGCUUGGUUUUAACUUUUGCAUUUAUUUAUGUAUUUGCUAUAUGGGCACAUGGUGUAGUUGGUUAUCACAUCCGCUUAGCAUUUUACGCUUAUGCGGGGGGUGCUGGG